AGAGUGGAGCAUUUGCACGCCACGACUCCAACUGGAAGCUUCUCUGGGCUGCACCAGAAAACCCCCAGUACAGACAAGCUCCCUCGCCAGGUCUCCCCGGGAUCCGUGUUUUGCAUCGCUCCCCAAUUUGCAUUUCUUCCUCAGAUUUUCCGUGCGACGGGUUCAGCCGCUCGAAACCAGCGGGCGCUCCACGGCUCUAUUGUACGUGCGCCUCCAUUUCCAAGCAAUACGCGCAGAGAGGGAGAGGGAGAGAGAAAGAGAGAAAGAGAGAGAGGGAGAAAGAAAACCUCUGGAAAUUUUGAAUAAUGUUGCCGAAGCUCCACGAGCGAGGAAACUGAGGACAUUUUUUUUGAUUUACUGUUAUUUCUGUUGCGUACCUACGAAGACAGACACGUGUCUUCGGGGUAAACAGAAAAGGGCUAGAUCGUGUCAGCAGAUUGCAUUGUGUGUGUGUAUGUGUGUGUGUGUGCGUGUGUUUUUUUUCUCCCCCCUUUUUUGUUUGUUGAAGACGACCGAGUUCAAGCUUGGCGACGAGCUAUACAUUUCAGUUUGUGCGCCUUGGUGAUAAAGACGCAUUUGGAGAUGUCGGAAGUGCUGCCUUUCAACGAAGAAAAAAUGAGUCAUUAUGGAAAUGAGGGCGACGAGGGACACCUUUCCUUCACCUGUCGUCUUCAAGACACCAACAACUUCUUCAGCGGCUCACAGAAUAAACGUCCGCCGAAACUCGGGCAAAUAGGCAGGAGCAAACGGGUUGUGAUCGAGGAUGAGAAUGGCGAAGAUGAAGCACUGAAAAAUGGAGAGAAGACCCCGGCAGAGGCUUAGAGUGCUCGGCUCACCGACGCCCCCCACCCCCCACCCCCACCUCUCCCUCUCCCCACCUCUCCCCAAAAGACACUCUUGAAAUUUUUUAUGGCGAUAUUUACUAGUUUUAAUCCAAAGACACUGUAUAUAAGCACUUUCUCUCAUGUGGCAGCAAGCAGCACUUCCACACCCUCCUCUCUCUGUCAGUCAUGGCCAUCCGGGUGACACGACACUGGCAGGGGCGGGAGAUGGCAGCAAAGGAGACCCCCAGGUGGACCCCCCUCCCCAGCACACACACACACACACAGACACACACACACACUCACAACCACACACAUACACAAACAAACGCCCUCGAUUACAGGGUUUCGCCAUAAAUCCAGAAGCGGAGAAGACAACGGGGGGGGGGGGGGGAGGAAACGCUGUCGAAAUGCAGAAAUCAGGGACAGGAUACAGAAAUAAAUCUAAUAUAAAAACUAAAGCACACACUUCUCCUAUAUCCUAUCAAUCAAACCUAUGGUACCAUUCUUUCUUCUCUUCAUUUUGAUCGAUGGCAAAUGAAUAACAGAAUUUGUAAAUAUGGAAAGGGUAGCCCAUAUUUUCUUGCACAAAGUGGGAAUCGGUAAACUGGUUUGUUCUCUGUGUUGAAGACUUUAUUUAUUGAUCCUUUGGAAUAUGUCUUUUGCAGUGACUUACGGCGCGAGGGAGUGUUUUUUUUGUAUGUCGAGAAAACUUUGAGCGAGCGAAUGAGAGUGAUAUUUUUUUUCACUUAACAAUCCUUGAUGUUGCCUGAGUGUUUUUUGUUACCAUAUUUUGCAGCUAAUGAGUCAUUUAUAUACAGUGUACCUCCCACCUGUUUGUAAGCUUCCCAGGCUUUCACCUGGAUUGGUUGAUACUGUAACUUGACUGUACACACCCUAUUGAUAAACUAUUUAUAUUGCAUUGUGCAUUAUCGUGUGUGCCAAAAUCUCAAGAGGGAUAUACUGUACCGGAUAACUUGUUCUUUUUUUGUGCUUUAUACAUUUACUCAUACAGUUGAGUUGUUUUGUUGGGUUGCCAUUUUUUAGGGCUCUUUCUUAAAACACUGAAAUACCAACUCAUGCAUGGCAAAUAUAAAAUCAUGCAUGCACGGCAGAAGUUCUGAAACUCUUGUGUAUUCUUGAAGCACCUCGUAUACAGCUUUGAAUGACAAACCUCGAGAAACAGUCUUAAUUCUGCGUUGUACUGUACGAUUCACACUGAUUUGUACAGUGGCCUAAUAUCUUGUAAUAAAGAUUAUGACGAAGUACUAUUUACCGUUUAGUGUUGAUUGUGGUUUACAAUAAGGAAUGAUGUACUUGAUGUUGCUUUUUGUUUUUUAAACUGUUUUAAAACUGUAGCAAAAACACAAAAAAUCUAGUUUUGUAUCAGAAAGAUAAAGACAAUAGCAAAUAGCUUGGCUGACUUUUGGAUAUGUUCCUUGUACAGUUCCCCCUGUUGUUAUUGGAUUGCUCAUGUGACUGCCAAGGAAAGUCAAGUCAGCAUUUUCCACUGUGAGAAAGUAGCAUCCCUUUCCUUGGAAAGAUCAGAUAUGGAAGGAGACAGAAAUGGGAAGAAAGAUGAGGAAAUAAUCUCAUCAAGAAUUUGAAAUCUACACUUGAUUUGUUUAAAGGAGAGUUGAGACACUCGGCUCGGACAACUGCGCAACAGACUCCGAUCUCAUAAAGUGCUACAGUAUUGCAAAUGAUUCUGUGGGGAAAAUGUACACCACUGCUUCCCAAUGCAAUAAAUGUCUGUUUGCAUCUAAAA